GUUAUAUAUUUGUAUAUGUGUGUGCACAGUACUGUCAUGUUUUUCCAUACACUGCAAGAUCAUUUUGAUUGUUUGGACAUUCAUAUAAGUUUUAAAGUAGUGUAUGUGUGUGUUAGAGUACUAAGCUCCAUUUGUCUGCAGAUGCUGUGUCCAUGGGUGGUGCUCGCUGCUCCAUGUCAGAUGGGUCGGGCAUGUGUGUGUCUGCACUGUCCUACUGGACAGGAGCCGUCCACGACGUGCAGCGAAGUGGAGGGUCCUGACGCAGUGGUGGAGUGUCGUCGUUGUCAACCAGGCACUUUCUCAGACUCCUACGGUCCAGAUCAGUGCACUGUACACACACAGUGCAGGAGCCUGAACCGUCAAUUGGUGACGCCCGGCACCUCGGAAUCUGACGCAGUGUGUGGAGCCUGUCUGUCUGGGUUUUACCCUGCACUGAGUACACAGAGCUCCUCCACCCUGUGUCCCUGCAUGAGGACGUCUCUAGUUCGUUUGCGACGUAAUGCAGGAAAGAGUGCGCGAGGGGGUGGAGCCGGAUCGGGUGGAGCAGGAGUGGGCGGGGCUAACAGCACAGCUGUACAUGCAGCAGAGGAGAAGACUACAGAGUAUGCUGUGUUUGCUCUCGUCCCUGUGUUCUGUGUAAUUGGCCUGCUGGGCAUUCUCAUCUGCAACCUGCUCAAGAAGAAGGGCUACAAGUGCACAACAGAGAAGGAGAGGGCAGAGCUGGAGGCAGGCGCGCUGCAGAAAGAGGGUAAUCCUUGCCCUUAUGUUAUAGAAGAUCAGAAUGAAGACACCAUAAGUGCAUUGGUGCGCCUCAUCACAGAAAAGAAAGAAAAUGCAGCUGCCUUGGAAGAGUUGUUACUGGAAUACGAGAACAAGCAGACAACUAGUAGCAAAAGAUCAUCAAUCAAGUUUCCUGGCUUCCUCCAGUUCCGCUCGUUGCCCAGGCUCUGUAGCCACCAUCAACACAUUCAUACUAUCAAUGGAAUGGCUCCGCUUUCUGGUUUCAGCUGCUCACGCUGCAGUCAGAAGAAAUGGCCACAAGUGCUGUUGCCCCUCACCAUCAACACAAAUAAGACAUCCUGUGCCACAUCUAUCCCCUCCUCACCUGGCGAGGGCAGGGUCCUCAAUGUGGGAAGGUUCCAGGUGGCUCAGAUCCUGGAGGGUGACCAAGUCUCUGUGGUGACAACCCCGGUAGAGUCCAGUGACACAGAUACGAUAGACUCUACCAGCAUGGAACCUGCUGAAGAAUUAUCCCUAUUGGGGGGGUCCUCUUCUGCAAACUGUCUCUCCUCAAAGAGCAAACAGGAUAUGAGUGUGUGAAUGAACUAGUGGAAGAAAACGUGAAGCAUCCAUCAGGACUACGUCAUCUACACCACAGCGAGCACAACCUCGUCAGUGGACUCCUAAGGAAGUGUCGAGGCUGAAGCAGGAUGGGAAUUGUAUUCACCCCUAUGGGGAGUUAGCCUUGAAUUCCGGAAAACAGGAAUUGGUCUUUAUAAGAGUUUUUGAAGCUAUUUUAUUAUGUUUUUAAAAAAAGAAACAAUUUUUUCUCAGGCCUUGCGAGCUGAGGGUUUAAAAAAUCUGUAAGUGAGAAAACUUUAAAGAGGAGAGAUGAGACCUGGCAUAGUACCCUGAUGCAAAAUGUGAAAUAUAACCAAGCAUUAUGGAAAUUGUAGUGUAGACCUUUAUAAAUGUAACUCAUUGUCCCUUAUUAAAGCUAAACACUGCUCCACUAAACAUAUACAGUAGAAGGUAUGCAUCAAAUAUCUUACUAUUAUUGAAUGAAUUUUGGUCAUCUAAUGCUAAUAGAUCACAUUAAAUAAUCUGACAGGCACAGAUAUUUUUCCAAACAUAGAUCCAUACCUCCAAAACAGGUACAGCCUAUUAUCCCAUUAAAACACUAAUUUCACUGCUGUAAAUAACUCCUGAUAUGUACUGUAUAGUGUAGCAUGUAGACUGGUAUUAUCAGUUAUUUUAUAUUAGGAGCAUAUAAUUUUUUUUU